UCUAAGUAUUGUAAGUAUUGAAUGCAUUGAAUGUGUGUUGAGUUGUGAGUCAGCUAUGGAUGUAUUGAAUUGAAAGCAAUUGAAUGACUGCUCACUGUUUGACAUCAACUCAAGUCUUAAUAGUUUUGAGAUACGACUCAUUUUGACCAUUGAUUUGAACAUUGAUUUACCGUUGAUUUAACCAUUGAUUUAACCAUUGAUUUGAACAUUAAUGUUGCCAUCAAUUGGUACCAACACUAUAGUGACAAUUGGACACAAUCUGCACAUAACAGUCAUCAUCUCAUUUAUGAUCCAAUUGUAUCAUUCAUUUGUAUAUAUCAUAUGUGUAUAUCAUUAAUAUAAUUGAAAUCCUAUUGAUUGACAAAACUGACUGCCAUUGAGAUGAUGUCCAUCGCAGCACUGAUUCAGGCAGCAGAGUAUUUGGAUCGUCGAGAAAGAGAAGCAGAACACGGAUAUGCGUCCACUCUUCCCAUUACACAUGAUCUCAGUCUGACUCGUCGUAGGACUAAAUCGAAGAAAUCUCAGGGAAACAGAACAACUCACAAUGAAUUGGAAAAAAAUAGACGGGCACAUUUACGUAAUUGUUUGGAAAAGUUGAAGGAAAUGGUACCCCUGGGCCCAGAAUCCAGUCGCCACACAACUCUUGGUUUGCUUACUAAAGCCAAGUCUUUCAUUAGAAAUUUAGAGGAAAAGGAUCGCAAACACCAAACAACUAAAGAGCAACUGAUGAGAGAGCAGAGGUAUCUAAGGAGACGUUUAGAUCAGUUACAAGAAAUGGAUUUCAAAGAAUCACUUCACAAAAGAAGAAGUAUUAGUGAAUGCAGUUCUGGAAUGUCCAGCAUUUCAUCAAACUCUGAGCCCGAAACUAAUGAAACCCUCGACUCAUACGAAACUACAGAAAGUGCUCGACUGUUGCAUUCGUUCGCACUCUUUAAGGUGAAGGUCGACCACAACGAGCACAAGGGAUGGCCGGUUAUAGAGAGGGGCCAAACAAAGAACUUUUCGCUUAAUCGUUAAAUAUAUUACUAAACGUCACUUCCAGACCCAUGCACUUCGUCCGCGCUUUUAGUGUCACUACUCUUAAAAUAUAAUAUAUAAAUAUAUAUACAAAGAAGCCAUAUAUAUAAUAUAUAUAAA